AUGAUGGCACAAGCCUGUAAGAAGAGGAGAGGAGUUUAUAUAAGCAGUGAAUCGGGAGACUCUGAUGCAGAUUCUGAUGUUGAGGGAAGCAAACUCUCUCAAAAGUCUGGGGUGACAUCAAUUUCUACAUGCAAGCACCAGUCAUCGUAUAACCUCAAGGUUGCAAGUAUGAAAAAUAGCAGGAUGAUAAGGCUGUGUGGAAAUAUCGUAAGGAAGCUCAUCGAUCACAAAGGUGGCUGGCUUUUCAAAGAUCCUGUUGAUCCAGUGCUAUAUGGGAUUCCUGACUACUUUGAUGUUAUCCGCAACCCAAUGGAUUUGGGUACCGUUAAGAAUAAACUCACAAAAAAGAAAUAUGUAAGCAUUGAGGAGUUUGCAGCAGAUGUGAGGCUAACAUUUUCAAAUGCUACGAAGUAUAAUCCUCCAGGCAAUGAUGUACAUACUUUCGCUAAAGAAUUGAAUGAAAUAUUCAAUUCAGAAUGGGAAUCAGUAGAAAGGAAAUUUAGAGGCCGAAACCCUGUUCAAGAGCAGCAGACAAUGAAGGCCAUAAAAGUUGAAGCUAUCAUGGAUUCAAAGUCUACAGUUGCUAGAGGGCUAGUUGCAUGCUCAAAUCCUAAACCUUUGGUUGCUAGAGGGCCAGUAGCUUGCUCAAAUUCGAUUGCAAAGAAGACACUGACAGACGCGUUAUCCUCCAAAGUAAAAAUCAAAUUUUCCGUGCGCAGCUCUGUGCAUACCUCUUCCAAAGAUAUACCUGUUCAAGCAGCUGGUAGCAAAGAGGGGUCCUUAAAUCACUCUGUCCCUACUGGCAACAAAGAGGCAUCUUUAAAUUGUACUCUUCCUAAUGCUAAGGAGAAUGCUAAAAUUUCAAGGACACGAGAAACUGAGCGCAGCUCUGGUUCAAUUGGAAAAGAAUCAUGGUCUUGUAAUGACACUUCUACUUCGCCUCUCGCUUCCUCUUUGCAAGGUGAGGAAGGUUACCUUCAUGAUGAACCUUUGUCACCAGGCAGGGCUCUUCGUGCAGCAAUGCUCAGGAGUCGUUUUGCUGGGACUAUAGUGAAGGCUCAACAGAAGGCACUUCUGGAUCAUGGGAAGAAUAUAGACCCUGUGAAAUUGCAAUUGGAAAAGGAGAGGCUGGAAAAGAGGCAGCAAGAAGAGAAAGCAAGGAUCGAGGCCCAGGUGAAGGCUGCUGAAGCAGCUGCACAACGAAAGUUUGAGGAAGAGCUGAGGAUGAAGAGAGAGCAGGAAAGGGAGGCAGCACGCCUGGCACUACGCAUGAUGAAGAAGACUGUCGAUAUUGACAACAGUGACUUCCUAAAGGAGCUGGAGAACUUCAGCGAAACGUGUCAGUCGAAUCCACCUGGCAAAUUAAUCGUGGAUUUUAUUGAUGGGGACUUGCCACUGGGGUUAGGGAGCCCGCUGGAGAGGCUUGGCCUGUUCAUGAAGAACGAUUUCGAGGAUGAGGUGGAACAGGAAAUGGAGGACAGCGCAUCACCCUCAAUGGACGUUGACAUGAAAGAUUUACAGGAAGACGUAGGGCAUGAAAUGCAGGACAGCAUAUCACCCGUGACGGUCAUUGGCACGAAGGAUGACUCCCAGGGAGCGGAAGGGCAUGAAAUGGAGGACAACGUAUCACCAUCCACAGUCAUUGACACAAAGAAAGAUUCUGAAGAAGAGACAGAACAUGAGAUGGUGGACAGCGUAUCACCUUUGAUGGAUGUUGACGCUGAGGAAGGGGAGAUCAGCUGCUGA